AUGAAUCGUCACUGCAGCAACGCGAACGCUGUUGCCGGUGUUGAAGGAGGUGCGGCUAACGCCGCUGCCGCCGUCACGAAGAGUACCGCGCCGUCGGGGUUACGCGACACCCGUUUUAUCGCCUCUGGCGGCCUGGUCGUGCCCCUACGCGGCCCGCACGCGACACUGGCGCCCUCUGCCGCCGUCGCCUCUUCCGCCGCCGCGGCUGCUGCCGCCGGCGCCGCCGCCGCCAACGGUACCUCUGCUCAAGUCGUUGCUGGCGGUACGUUGUUGUCAUCGUCAUCUACGGCGUCUCAGGAAUCGCCUCCGUCUGCCCUGGCGCCCGCCCCCACGUCCGCCACGUCCGCGCCGCCGCCGCAGCAGCAGUCCAUGAAAGUGAAGUUGGACAACUGUGGGAGCGCAUCGACCAAGUGCCGCUUCGGGUACAAGGAGGCACUGAUUCAAAUCAAGCAAAGUUUGCUGCCGUAUGAGAACAGUCUGCAGGCGGCGGCGCGGGCCGGAAAUGCCGCCACCUCCGAUUGCCUGGUCACGGAUGACGUGCCGCCGGGAGUCGCCGCUGCGACCGAUGGCGGCGAUCAGCAACAUGAGUCGUUCAUGCUCGAGAUGCUGGUUCAGAUGGGCUUUGACAAAGUAAGUGUUCUGUUACGUUAUAUUCAGUGCUGA